CCCUUUGUUUUGCUUGAUCUUCGACGACAACGAGCGCGCACCCUUUUCGAUCUUGGAAUUCCAUUCCUGAAUCAAGCCUCGGAUACCACAUAAUCCUUUCCUUCCUAGGCGACACACACCCGUCCCACCAGCACACCCAUGCUCUUUCACUCCUAUCGAAUAUGCCGUCCUUAGCAAUCCUGUCCACUCUUCUUGCCCUCGCCGUCGCCUUCCCACUCAACAACCCACCAGCACCACAAACAUGCAACGGCGACAGCCGCCUCUGCGACCGCCAAUACUCCAACAUCACCUUCAUCGGCGCCCACGACUCUCCCUUCGUCGGCACCCCCGACAACCUAGCCGCCAACCAAGGCCUCGACCUCCAAGCCCAACUCGCGGCCGGCAUCCGCUUCUUCUCCGCGCAGGCGCACCAGAAUGUACUAGGCCAGCUCGAUUUCUGCCACACGUAUUGCUGGGAGUACGACGCCGGGCCCGUGACGGACUACCUCUCCACCCUCGCAAGCUGGCUCGACGCCAAUCCCAACGACGUCGUAACACUCCUGCUCGUCAACGGCGGCUUCUACGACGUCAGCCUGUACGCCGCCGCCUUCGAAUCCACCAACCUAUCACAAUACGCCUACGCACCCAACAAAACGCUCCAACUAGACGAAUGGCCGACCCUAGCCCAAAUGAUAAAAGCCAACACCCGCCUCGUAGCCCUAAUGGACUACGGCGCCAACACAACCACAACACCCUACAUCCUCCCCGAAUUCUCCACCUACUACUUCGAAACGCCCUACGACACCACCAACCCCCUCUUCCCGGAAUGCAGCAUCAAUCGGCCGCCCGGCGCGAGCGCGCAGGGGAGAAUGUACGGCAUGAACCACUUCCUCGACCUCGACGUGCUGGCCACGGGCAUCGAUGUCCCCGAUAAUGCGCGCGAUGUGGAGACCAAUGCUGCGGAGGGGCCCGGGAGUAUUGGGGCGCAGGCGGAGGUGUGUGCGGGGUUGUAUGGGCGGUAUCCGAAUUUUGUGCUUGUGGAUCGCGUUGCGGUCGGGGAGGUGUUUGUUGCGCAGGAGAGGAUGAAUUUCGCUGCUGGGCGGUGAAGGGGAUUUUGUUUGGGAGCUUUUGGGGGGGUUGAGAGGGAAGAUACCCACGGGUUCAUGCUUUUGUUUUUUGAGAUUGCAGUGAGUCGCUAAUGGACAGGCUUUUGGCACUUUCUAUCUGAUUUCCUUAUUCCUACACGAGUAUAUCCAUCAUCCGCUUAGAAGAUCCCUAACGCUCAUUCCGCCUCCAUUGCUGCGACUUGCACCCCCGCUCUCCCCCUCCUGCUGCCCCGCCCGCCAAUUCCGUCGAUCCGUAUUCAACAUCAGCAACGCCGCCGUCGCCUCUCGAUCGAGCUCCUUGUCCGUCCGCCGCCGCUUCUCUGAUACCUCGGAGCCGCUGCUGUCGAUUAUGUGACGCGAAGAAGGGUACGGCUGGGAGUCCAGAGGUUUGAUCGCCGGGCUGCCGAGGCCGAUGUGGUCUUUGGCUGUACUGUAGGAGGAGGUGGGGUAUAGU